UCACAGUAACGACACAUGGGUCAAUCAGUUCCCCCACCCUACACUACCCUAAACUUUAAUUUUCUUUUAAUUAUCUUUUACCUUUCUAUAUAAUUCUCCAUUAAACUCCCCAGAUCUUCCCUACCUCGGGAUACGAAAACUCAUCUUAUAAAGCAAAGCAUAUCCACGAUUAUUCCCGACAACAACAAAACAAACAAAACAUAAAACUCUCUCUAGCUUGGUCAAGAACAAUGGGUUUGCUUCCGUGUUCUUGUCCUCUGCCUUGCAAUGAAACAAGAUCAGAAUGUGAAACGAAAUCGACGCAUCACCAAUCAGAAUCCUCAACGUCAUCAUCGCUUUUGUCUCAGCCAAGUCUUCCAUUGGUUCCUUCGCUGUCUUUUCAGCAUCAGAGCUCCAGCGUCGAUCACCAUUGCUUAGCCACGCUCAAAGAUAAAUCCUCGUACGUAUCUUCUCUCGCUGUCUCAGAUAAAUUACUCUACACUGGCUCUUCCAACAGUGAGAUACGUGUAUGGCCUCGUGAACCUCCGUUCUCACCGGAAUAUUCCACCGGCGAUGACCGUAACGUAGUUGCCAACGGAAACGGAGGGGUUAAAUCGUUGGUGAUUCUUGGCGACAAGCUAAUAAGUGCUCAUCAAGAUCACAAGAUUCGUGUAUGGAAGAUCAUCGACGAGAGCAAUCGCAGAGGUCAGAAGUACAAGUGCGUAGCUACUCUUCCGACGAUGAACGACCGCUUCAAGACUCUCUUUAGUAGCAAAAGCUACGUGGAAGUCCGACGGCACAAGAAGUGCACGUGGGUUCACCAUGUGGACGCCGUGUCAUCACUAGCCUUGUCGCAAGAUGGCUCUCUGCUUUACUCUGCUUCGUGGGACCGGAGUUUCAAGAUAUGGAGAACAUCUGAUUUCAAAUGCUUGGACUCUAUCGAAAAGGCUCACGAUGAUGCUAUUAACGCCAUCGUAGUGUCCAAAGACGGUUUUGUGUACACGGGUUCGGCAGAUAAGAAGAUCAAAGUGUGGAACAAGAAGGACAAGAAACACUCUCUGGUCGCUACACUGACUAAACAUCUCUCGGCAGUGAACGCGUUGGCUAUUAGUGAAGACGGGAAGGUUCUUUACUCCGGUGCGUGUGAUAGAUCGAUUCUUGUGUGGGAGAGAUUGAUUAAUGGAGAUGAUGAGGAGUUACAUAUGUCUGUAGUGGGAGCUUUAAGGGGACACAGGAAGGCGAUUAUGUGUUUAGCAGUUGCGUCUGAUUUGGUGUUGAGUGGGUCAGCGGAUAAGAGCUUGAGGGUUUGGAGGAGAGGAUUAAUGGAGAAAGAGGGUUAUUCUUGUUUGGCGGUUCUGGAAGGACAUACCAAGCCUGUUAAGUCUUUGGCUGUUUCAGUUUCUGAUUCCGAUUCUAAUUCUGAUUAUUCUUGUAUGGUUUAUAGUGGGAGUCUUGAUCUUUCUCUUAAAGUUUGGAACUUAAGGGUUUCAUCUAUCUAACUGCUUAUUUUACAAUCUAUAACGUGAUUAUGACUAA